CCAGAGGUCGUGGACACUAAGCUCGAGCACGAGACUGGCAGGUGGGCGGGAUCGCGCGGCCGAGAGAAAGAGAGAGAGACAAGAGACAGACGGAGACAUCAGGACCCUGUAGAGACAGCCUGGAGAGAGAAAGGGGAGCGAGAUAUAGCACGAGCUUGAGCCGCAUCCUAUUAUUAGGGUAGUGAGGAAGGUGUCAGGGGCAGAGGAAGAGACCACUAGGUAAGGUGGGGUGGGUGACAGCUAGGGGCGGGCUACAGUCAGGGAAGCCUGGCAAGAGACAUCCAUUGACAGUUAACUUGGGGGUGACAGGAAGAGCCUCCUGCCACGUGAGUGACACCUAGAGAAGAAGCGACAAGCAGAGUUGAGAGGUUACACACAGGCAGACAAUGAGAAAAUGACAUAAGAGAGGCUCAAGAGACAGUCUGGGUGGGGAGCUAAUCCAGCCUAGCAAGCCUGUGCCAGGGAACAAGAAGGGGAUCAUAAGCUGAGGGGGGAUGCCAGGCAUGAAGGGGCGUCUCUUGUGAGCCAUUGCUGAGGGCAGUGUGGGAGGCAGCCCAGGGCUAAUUACUGCAAGAGGGACUGGCCUGAGGGCAGGGGAAAGUUAGACACAGAGAGCUGACCAGGAACAGACAUCUUCUACUGGACGUUGUGGCCCUAGGACUAACAUUUUGGGACUUGGGGCAAAAAAUGGUGUGGAAGUGACAGAGAGACCAGUCACCGAAAGAGACAUCCCAGGGCAGCUGGCACCAUGUCAGGACCCCGGGGGCAGAACAAGAUGUCCAGCACAGAACGCCCCAUCAAAGCUGUCCCUUUCCCACCUACCCGUCGCCUGACCAUGAAUGAGGUUUUUGUCGAGGGGCGUCCUCAACUGGAGACCCUCAAGAAUCACUUGAUCAAGGAGGGAAGACUGGAGGAGGAAGCGGCUCUGCGCAUUAUACGUGAGGGGGCAGCAAUUUUGCGCCAUGAGAAGACCAUGCUUGAGGUGGAGGCCCCUAUAACAGUUUGUGGGGACAUCCAUGGGCAAUUCUUUGAUCUCAUGAAGCUGUUUGAGGUUGGAGGUUCCCCCCACAACACACGCUACCUCUUCUUAGGGGACUACGUGGACAGAGGAUAUUUCAGUAUAGAGUGUGUCUUGUACCUCUGGAGCCUGAAAAUUAUUCACCCCAAGACCCUGUUCCUAUUGCGAGGGAACCACGAGUGCCGGCAUUUAACAGAGUAUUUCACCUUCAAGCAAGAAUGUAAGAUAAAGUAUUCGGAGCAUGUGUACGACUCCUGCAUGGAUGCCUUCGACUGCCUUCCGCUGGCAGCCCUGCUCAAUCAGCAGUUCCUCUGUGUGCAUGGGGGGCUGUCCCCAGAAAUCACCUGCUUAGAUGACAUUAGGAAGUUAGACAGAUUCAAGGAACCCCCUGCCUUUGGCCCCAUGUGUGACUUGCUCUGGUCUGAUCCAGCAGAAGAUUAUGGCAGUGAGAAGACAAUGGAACACUUCACCCACAACACUGUGCGUGGGUGCUCCUAUUUCUACAGUUACCCUGCCGUCUGUGAGUUUCUGCAGAGCAACAACCUCCUGUCGGUGAUCCGGGCACACGAAGCACAGGAUGCUGGCUAUCGCAUGUACCGUAAGAGCCAGACCACUGGCUUUCCUUCUCUCAUCACCAUCUUUUCUGCACCCAAUUACCUGGACGUCUACAACAACAAAGCCGCAGUGUUGAAGUAUGAGAACAACGUGAUGAACAUCCGACAGUUUAAUUGCUCUGCUCACCCCUACUGGCUGCCAAACUUUAUGGAUGUCUUUACCUGGUCCUUGCCCUUUGUAGGGGAGAAAGUUACAGAGAUGCUUGUGAACAUCCUCAGCAUAUGCUCAGAUGACGAGUUGAUCACUGAUGGGGAAGACCCACUGGAAAGUGGCGCUUCAGUGCGGAAAGAGAUAAUUCGGAAUAAGAUCAGAGCCAUUGGAAAGAUGGCCCGGGUCUUCUCUGUGCUCAGGGAGGAAAGUGAGAGCGUCUUGACUCUAAAAGGGCUGACCCCCACAGGAACACUGCCCCAAGGGGUUCUGUCUGGCGGGAGGCAAACCCUAGAGAGUGCAACAGUAGAAGCGGUGGAGGCUCAGGAAGAAGUCCGAGGCUUCUCUCCCCAGCACAAAAUCCGAAGUUUCGAAGAAGCCCGAGGAUUAGACCGCAUUAACGAACGCAUGCCCCCACGUCGUUCCACUUCCCCCUUGGACCCAAACCUCAACUCCACUGACAAGAACAUCACCAACAGGAGCUCACAGUGACACAACAUCUGCAGCUCACUAACCCCCUCCAACCUCCACAAAAGCUGUGUGUGUGAGGGCAGGACUCUCAUUACCAGGCUGCCAGAUACAGGCACAUACAGGGAUAGUUACACUAAUAGCUCCAUGUGUAAUUACAGCUGAGAGAUACAGGGAUGUGUACACACAGUUUACACAAUGCAGAUACAAAACACACACACAAUCGUUACACAAGCCAGUAGUGACGUGUACAUUCAUACCAUUCCAAACAUACUUGUGCGGAUCAGUGCAAACACACCUGAGCACACAACACACACCGACUGUGAGCGUGACGCAAACAUUGAUACUGUUCCAACAGCCUGUCCUGCAGUUUGUAUUCUCUUUGUAAAUGUCAUUUUGCGUUCUAUAUAUAUAUUUAUACAUGUGUAAUAUAAAGACCCUGUUUUUUAA